GCCGCCGCGACCCCGGACUUAUCAGGAGCAAAAAGCUCAGAGAGAUCAAGAUGGCACUUCAAUUACACAGGAAUCUUCUCCGACAAUCUCGCAAAGGCCCUUUUUGUGAUGUGUGCCGCACUUUCAGCUCCUCCACGGUCUUCUUGUCCGGGCACAGCAAAUGGUCCACGAUCAAACAUGACAAGGCCAAAAAUGACAAGGCCAAGAGCAAAGAACGCCAGAUGAUGAGCAAGGAAAUCGCCAGUGCUACACAAUUAUGGGGCGCCGAUCCAAAAUACAACCCUCGUCUGACCCUCGCGCUCUCGAAUGCGAAGCGCGCCUCCAUCCCCAAGAAUAUCAUCGAAGCAGCCAUUGCGCGUGGCCAAGGACUCAGCUUGACUGGCCAGGCCCUCGAGUCGGUAACAAUUGAAGCUAUACUCCCGGGCGGAGUGGCUGCGGUGGUCGAGUGCCAAACCGACCAGAAAGCUCGCGUCCUACAAGACAUUCGAUAUAUAAUUAAGAACGGCGGAGGAACGGUGACACCAACCACUUUUUUGUUUGAAAAGAAAGGCCGUGUUGUUUUGGAGAAGAAGGAUGAUACAAAUGUCGACGAUUUCUUGGACCCGGCUAUUGAGGCUGGUGCGAUGGAUAUCAACACCGAUGACAAAGGUCGCCUGGUGUUGCUGACUGAUCCCUCUGAAACGAAAAGCGUCGGUGAAGCCUUUGUCAAACUGUCUGGCUUGACUAUUGAAGAAUUGGAGAUGUUCUGGGACCCCAAUCAGGAGACCUUGGUCGAGGUGAAGGAUGAAGAGCAGCUGAAGGAUCUCGAAGAUGUUCUCAGUUCCUUGCGAGACGACCCCAGUGUUCAGGAUAUUUACCUGAAUGCUACGGAGAAGUUCUAGUAAGCCUGCUCAAUGUCUAUGCCAUAGACUGUGUACCAUAUUUUGUAUAAAAGGAGAUACCACGCAUUUAGAUCCGGCGUUCUAUGGGAAAUGAUAGAGAC